CACAGGAUAAUCGCUACGCAAUAUAUGAUUAUAUAUUGCUUACGUCACGUUUAAAAAUUUUAAUUAAUCAGUCACGUUUAAAAAAUUUAAUUCUGCCAAGCAAUCCACUUUACAUUGGGUACAUUGGGCACGGUUUUAAGUAAUAAAGUCUGCUCUGAUCACUGAAAUGGUGAUACUCACGGCUUCGGCAGUCGGCUCGGCUGUAGUUUUUGCAAGUGUGAUUAAACGACCCCUGCUGACGUUGGUAUCUGCAAAGACAUUAAAAAUAAUUACCGCCAUGAUCGCCAACGAAGAGAAUUUUUCCCGAAAAGAACAAGAAGCCUUGAUCGAAAUGUUCUUCGCCAGAAACCAUAACUUUAUUUUACUAAAAGUGCAGAAAGCCAUGGAUCAAGCAGUGGCCCAGCUGGAAAACCAAAUAAAAAGCGAAGCAGCGGAGUUACGCACUUGUGUCAAAUUUGAGAAAUUCGACCAGCAAGUAAACAUUCUGCGGGAGAAAAUGCGGCAACACCUGCAGAGUAAAGACGGACACGCGUCAUUUCGGCGAAAGGAAUUUCUUGAUGCCUGCGCCGCUAACUGUCCCGGUGUUUUACUGGCACAACUCCAUGCCGCAAUCAUACCCCACAAUCCUUUGCAAGGAAAUCUCCUGCGCGACAUUAUAGAAGCAUUCGAUUUUCCGCGUUAUGAACCCUGUUCCGGUUACAUCAUGCUGUGCGCUUUCACGGCCAUCUAUUGUCGACUAACGUACCUGUCACUCACGGUUGUCGACCCAGAGAAUGCACAACGACUUCCGCCACAAUCCGUACUUGAUGAUAUUUGCCGCGAGAAAGAAGAGAUGACACAGAAGAUCUCGGAAAUCGCUAAGGCUCUCACUGACCACCGGGUACACGCGCAGUCCAAGAUCUUCCGCCACCCUUUCGCUGCGACUUCCACACCGUCUACCCUGCAGGAGCUAAUCGAAGGUCAUCUGCGACUGAAUUUGUUUCUUGGCGUACCCAGUAGCGCUAAUCAUGGACUGGCCAAGCGGAUCGGACAGGAGCUGGAAGGAAAAUUCCCAUGGUACUCAUGGACGGUCAUUAUAGCGGAAGAUUCCCAAGCGCGCCCCACCACCAUAACAUUCUCGGAUCAUUUUAAAAACGAUUUCUUCUUUCUUAAUUCGGUAGUGCAUAAGCUGGUAAAUUUGGAUUCAGCCACAGCUAACGAUUCCGAAACCACGAUAUUUUCCGAAGGAAACCGGUUCGGUUUAAUCUCGUGCCGGAAUAAGGUUGACAUCGGGUAUAGAUCGUACGCACGUCGAAUCAACGUAUUUUGGUGUCCACCGGACGCGGUGAAAACUCUGUCGCAAGAGGAAUAUGAUUUGGUAAAAGAAGCGGCCAACCUAAAGUACCUGCCGAACUGUCCAGUCAAGCGUAUUUGCAACCAUACGGCUACUCCAGAAAACGCAGCUCAGGUCAUUCUGGAGAAUGCGCUUCGGGCGUGUAAAAGCGAGUAUGUAAUGUUUCUUACACUUAGUAAAAGAAACAGCAAAGAGGAUGUUGGAAUCUACCCGAGAGCCCACACGGAUCGUUCGGACAAUCCUACAUCAUGGCCGUUUUGUAUGAAAGAUAACAAGGGAAGACAUCUGUUCUUGUGGAUAGCAGAUGCAACACCACACAGUAAAGCGCUUUUCGCUCGACGAAACUUUCCAACACUUGUGGACGGGCUGAAAAGUAGCUGGGAUUUUGGCGUCGCUCCUUGCACGGCUGUUACGCUGGAUUCAGCCAAGAUCGAGGACGAACUGACUGAUCAACUGUUUUUAAAAACAAACGACUGGAGUAAUCAGGCGCACCCAUCAGCGGAAGUUCUCGAAACAACGAAAAAGUGCAGUCUUCAGUUGCUUCCACAAGAAAAAUUAGGAAAAACGGAAGAGUGGAUUGCCCAGAAGCUUCCAAAAGAAGAAAAACCCGAAAAAACGGAAGAAUGCAUUGCCCAGUUACUUCCAAAAGAAGAAAAACCAGGGGAAACAAUUAAAAGCCAUCAAACGGUCCGGCGGCUCGUUACGUCGUAUGAACAUUUCCUGAACCGGACAUAUGGUUCCAGUGGGAGUGGAAUUCAAGAUGACUGUGUAUUAGCAUCCCUUGUGCCUCGUGAGCGAGGAGCAGGAGACAUGAGACCUUAUUCGAUUUGGUGCGAUUUGGAACCCAGCGCAGUGUCGGCUCCGGAUGUAGUAACUGGACAUGCGGAAAGAAGAAACAAUGGUGACCCCAACAUGGCAGACAGCAAAAUAAUUAGCAAGGCGCAGUUGCACGCAGAGGCUCAACGAAAGCUGAAGCAACUGGAGACAGAAGAAAAGCGCUUAAAAGUGGAAAAAUUGCGAAUCGGCGCUGAGAAACUAAGAUGGUCCGCUAUACUGGAUAUAUUGGAGAUGUCCAAAGAGCAGCUGAAUCCAGGGUAUGGAACCAACGGUGGCAUUGAAGACGAAGGAGUGAUAAGUUGACAUCUAUGACCAAUUUUGAAAAAACAGCUGUGUUACACAACUACUAUACAAUUACAUGUCGUAUCAUUUCACUAGCACAAAAAAUGAUUCACAGUGAUGAUGAUUAAUGAUUCUUCACAAUGACUGCAAAUUUGCACAGAUGCGCUUUUUCUGGAGGCAGUGACAAAGAGAACAAAAAAUUGUA